AACCAAGUCCAACGCCGAAUAAGUUGGAAAUCAAGGACAAAACCCUUGAAGGUUUCACGUAUCUUGCAUUCGAAGCGUCAUUCUCAUCAUCACUCUAUCAUCAUACUCUGAAUUGUGUUAUACGCGUG